CAGAAGAGAAUCGCCGACUACAGAAAGGGCAUCAGAGACCCUGUUUCAGAAAAUUCUCUACUAGAAGUUCUUCUCAGAAUGUGCGUCGACGAAGGCACUCUCAGUGAAAUCGAUGUUCGAGACGAAAUGAUCACCAUGUUGAUUGGGGGCUUCGAUUUCACAGCUACAGGCCUUGCCUUCGCGCUUUACCUGCUUGGCCACCAUCCAGAUAUUCAAAACAAGGUCCGGGACGAGAUGGACGCAGCCUUUGGAGACGACUUAGAGAAGUCACUGAACACGGAAGCGAUAAAAGGACUCACGUAUACGGAAUGCGUGCUGAAGGAGGCAUUGAGGCUUUAUCCUCCAGGGCCACUUUUGAGUCGUUUGGUAACAAGAGACACGAAAAUUGGACAGCACACUAUUCCCCGGGGCACAGUGGCCGUCAUGGCUUUCUAUUUUCUUCAGAGACAUCCUAAGUACAUUAAGGACCCAGACUGCUUUAUACCAGAACGAUUCAUGGGCGUAAAAAGCAUGCCCACAUUCGCAUAUGCACCCUUCUCGGCGGGACCCCGAAACUGUAUCGGACAAAGAUUUGCAAUGAGAGAAGAAAAGAUUCUUCUCACGCACAUUCUGCGCCGCUACAAUGUCAGCUCGAAAGUCCCUAUCGACAAGCUUGAGUUGGCCAUAGACAUGGUGCUGAAGCCUGUUCAAGGCAUUGAACUAAUGUUUACACCAAGGGUGCUUCCUUCAUCAAGUUGAAAGCGGCAUAACUGAAGGUCACCUAUGCGCAUUUGUCAUGUACUUCAUUAGAUCCUUCACUGUCAUCACGCGUUGAAAAGUUCCGUGUACAUUUAUCCCAAACAAAAUAAGGUAUUCUUCAAACAAAGCAAAUGUAAUUAUUACCAGGGUACUUUGUAAUUCUGAAGAUCCGUGAAAUUUGUUACCCUCAUAGCGAGAAUGCAGGCACCUUAGUGUGGCCAUACUGCGUGGCGGCCUCUUUAGGCCCCUGUUUGUUCGAUGGACAUAUGCUGACUUAAGAGGAAGUUGACAAUGUGUCAUGCACCAUGUGUAUGUGACAUCACUGCGUUCCCGCUUGACUGGUGCAAAAUGUAUCAAAUAAAAUUAGCCGGAACCCCGGCCUUUGUCUUU